GGGACUGUUUGGUGACAUGAGAACCCGGUCUCGCUGUCCAGCGACCGUUCCCUGGCAGCUCCUGGAGCUGAGGCACCAAGGCACUCAUUCCGGGAACGGAAGCCGGGCAGGCCUGGACAAGCCCAGAGAACCUUCUGGCACUCGGCGCUUCACAGUCGCAGUCCGAUCCCAUCCCGAGUGCUGAGUGGGCCCGGUGUGCCAAGAAACAGGAAGCUGUAUUUCUUCUCAGGCAGCAGCAUUUAUUUUCAGCCGCAGGGGAUGCCAUGCACCUCUUUGACUUGUGCUGCUCGUUCGUUCCUUCAAGCGAAGUAUGUGAUCCCUGCUCUCCCGGAGCAAAGUGAACCGGAAAUCCCUGCUCCUGAGGAACUGUGUCUGUCAUGCCCUUGCAGGUGCAUCUUGACCUCCGAGAGAGCAGCUAGAAAGAGAAACCAGGGAGAAACCUGGAGGCUGAGCAGAAGAGACACCGGAGCAGGACCAGCCAGGGCACAAUGAACUCGUGGCCCCUACUCUGCCUGGUGGUGGCCAGCUUUGCAGGCAUCUGGUGUCUUACUGUCCACGCUCAAGGUGUCUCGGAGGACUGUUGCCUAGCCUACCACCAGCUCCACAACCUGGACUUCCUGAGGCACGCCGUGGGUUACCAGCGCCAGGAGGUGAGCGGGAGCUGCAACCUGCCGGCUGUGAUAUUCUUCUUCCGGAAACACAAGAUGGUGUGUGGCAACCCACGGGACAAGAGAAUAAAGUGUUGGAUGGACUUCCUGGAUGCUCGGAAGCACUUAAAGCGUCACAGAAGUAUCCUGAGAAGCUUCCAAGACUGCAGCUCUAGAGGUAGGAAGCCGAGCCCUGAACCCGCCAAUCUACCACUGUCCAAGUUGAGCAAGCACACCAGAGGCAACAGGACGAAAACCGCCUUCACUCCAGCAGCUCGUCCAGGUGCCCCAGCCUCUCUGUCAUUCAGGCGGAACCUCAGUGUCCAUGCCUGAGCCUGCCUUGGGCUCUCUCCCAUCACUCCUGCCACAUCCUGCUCCUUGGGCAGCCGGAAGGAAAGAGCUGACCUUGCUUCAAGCCCCUUGCCCGCUCCAGGAACCAGAGUCAGCCGUAAGCAACGGGGCUGGUAGAGGACGGUCCAGAUCCGUCACGCGCCCGGGGCCGCGCCCGCCUGGGUCGCUCUGGGUCCUUGCAAAGCUCCAGUUCAUCCCGGGAUGCUCUGCCCAGGCCAUGCUUUUCUAUAAUUUUUAAAUAAAUCUUAUUUAAAACGUC